CUUGGCCAAUAUUUUCAAAUGCGUCACGGGGAAGAAAACGGGCUCCUCCCUCCCUCGCACAGGUGAGGAGUCAAGAGUCCACCCAGCGAUGAUGUCAUCAGGUGGAGCGGCAGGUUCCCGACCGUCUGACGGAAGACUCCCGACCAGCUAGACAACAUGGCAGCCGUGACGACAAGCCGCGGGCCGAGUGAAGCCCCGGGUCACGUGACUUUCUCCUCUUCCUCCCUAGCCGCUUCAUUAGACUCUCGAGAAUGCAGCGUCGCCACGACCUCAGCAGAUGCUGACUCAGCAGAGGGCUCUUCCAACGUCGCGGCAGAGCGUCCUGUCAGUCUGGCGCUGGCGCCAUGUGGUCAAGGAGGAAAGAAGACCAGAAAAAUUCUAGUGGCGCCGGCCCUCAGCGUGUCUUUAGGUCGCAGCGAAUCCGGCGACUUCCACUCGGCGUUUCUAUCGCCGUCACUGGGAGACGAAGACGAUGCCGGUCCCGACUUUGACCUGGAUGCCAUGGAGACACCCUCGGACAGCGAGUCCUUACGCUUUCCUGUCGAUGGCUCGGAUCUGGAAGACGAUCUGCAGAGACGUGGCUCAGACGCCGCUGCGGAGGCGGAGCCUGCGGGUCCGAGCGCUCUGGAGCGCGAAGACGUGGUGGACGGCCAGGGCACCAGGUGGCGCUCUUUCUCGACCGGACCAGAGCAGCGUGAUGGACGCGUCAACAUGAGUGUGCUGCAACCGUACCUAAGGGUCCUGUCGCAUGGAGGUUACUAUGGCGACGGGAUGAACGACAUCAUUGUCUUUUCUUCUUGUUACCUGCCCGAGAACACGUCGGAAAAUUAUCACUAUGUGAUGGACAACCUGUUCAGGUACUUGGUGGGGACGCUGGAUCUGAUGGUGCGCGAAAACUACGUCAUUGUAUAUCUUUGCGCCGGCGGCCAUAAGGACAAACUUCCAGGGAUCGGCUGGCUCAAGGAAUGCUACCACACCAUUGCCUGGAGGUUGAGAAAGAAUCUGAAAGGCGUUUUUGUGGUUCAUCCCACUUGGCCCAUCAAAGCGCUCAUCACGAUCAUCAAACCCUUCAUCAGUUCAAAGUUCAGCAGGAAGCUGCAGUUCGUCAGCAGCCUUCGGGAUCUUUCCGCUCUGCUGCCCACCGAGCACGUGCAGAUACCCCAAUGCGUCGCAACGUACGACGACAAUCUGCCCAGGUGAGCCGGGAUGCUUCCAAUAUGGACCUUUCCAAUAUCCAACAUCCAAUAAAGUUUGUCUUUCUUAUCCUUUGUAUUGUCGAGUUUACGCCAUUUACACGACAAACAUACUAUACCAUACUAAGCGGCUAGUUUUUCAAGUUAGCUCAAAGCUGCUCACUUAAAGAAAUGCAUUCAUCGUUAACUCCGACGGCGAUCAAUCCAUUUGAAGUAGCUCGCUGUCAGACUUCCCAUUUCAAAUGGAUUGGACGUCUAUCGCCAUCAUUGGCAGCCAGUAUGUUAAACGGUCAUUUGAAAUACGAUUUUUAUAGAACAGAUAGUGUUAUUUUUAUAGUGUUUUUUUAAUUUUUUUUUAUGAAUGGGAUUUCUUCGGCGCGCCGUGCAGCCCGAAGCGCUUGACCGAUCGGCACCGUUCGAGUAUCGACACGUCCGGAAUUUUUGCGCGACGCAGAGAGUUUUUCAAACGGCCCUGAAAAAUUUUCCGUUGCGCCGCAAACGGCAAUUAUCUGGAAAAAAAACAAUUUUCAAAAUGUAUCUAUUCCUACAAUUUUUGACCAAAUUACAUAAUUUAGGUAUGAAAAAUUCUGGGAUGGUGAGGGGCAUAUACAGAAUUUGGAAAAAAAUUUACGGUUCCCCGGAAAUUUGACAAAAACUUGCCCAUUCAUUUUUAAUGAGAAAAAAAAGCAUGGCGCAUGAUGUGUGUGGUGCGUUAAAAAAAGGUGCAGGGAUGGUAGGGCCUGCCGUGAGGAGGUAACCGUGAGGCACACCCCCCACCAGGUCCCAACCAUCCCACAACCUUGGUGUGUGAUGCAUUAAAAACAGGGGGGAGCCAGGCCAGGACUGUAUGGCCCCGUCCCAACUCUCCCCGGAGAAAUGAAUGAGUAUGUAAGUGCCAGGGUGAAAGAUAUUUACAGUGCUGAAGUGAGGAGUGCCUGAGUUAAGAGGCAGGCUCCCGCGGGCGUGGCUCCGUUCACCGGAGCAAUCGGCCGCAGGGCGGGAGAAGCGCCAGGGCCCCGAUCAACCCCCGCUCCAGACCACCCACGGCGCACCUGCAACCGCCCACUCCUCCCCCCGCCGCCCGAGCACCCACCCCGCACCCCGAGCAGGCGCUACGCCAAACGCCGGAGACCAGGGGAUGUCCACCUCACCAGCAAGGAACAGCAAGCCCCACCCA